UAAAAAAACUUGGGUCUAAUUGGCUAGAACAGCUUCCAUAGCAACAGAGCUGAAGUCCUUUAAGCCACAGUGGUUUACCGGAAGUUCUGUUUUUACUUCCGGGUUGCGCCGGAUACUCCGACAAACCGGAAAUUGUUGCGAGUGGUUGCUCACAGCUGCGCCUAGGGGAGGAUGCCGCUUGUCGUGUUUUGUGGUCUGCCGUGCUGCGGCAAGAGUAGACGCGCAGAGGAGCUCCGCCAGGCCCUGGCGGCCGAGGGCCGGGCGGUGUACGUAGUGGACGACGCAGCGGUCCUGGGCGCGGAGGAUGCGACAGUGUACGGCGAUUCGGCUCGUGAGAAGGCACUGCGUGGGGCCCUGCGCGCCGCAGUAGAGCGGCGCUUGAGUCGUCACGACGUGGUCAUCCUGGACUCGCUUAACUACAUCAAGGGCUUCCGCUAUGAGCUCUACUGCCUGGCGCGGGCGGCCCGCACCCCAUUGUGCUUAAUCUACUGCGUACAGCCAGGUAGUCUGAACAGGGGACCUCGGGUGGCCCACGUGGAGGACGGUCGGAGCCAGAACGUCAGUGUGAGUUGGCGGCCGCGCGCUGGAGAAGGGGGGAGACCUCUGGCAGGGAGCACCAGUUUCCUCAGGGAAUCGGGAGCCGUGGACUCGAUAGUAAAUGGAAGAGCCCAGGCAGAGGUAUCUAAGGAACUGGAGCAAACCAGGGCGCCAGAUCUUUCAGCUCACGUGACUCCAGACUUUGAGAAAUCUGCAAAGCAUAUGUCCAGUGCCUUUUUCCCCGCGGAACUUCUGGAAGCCUUAGUGCUGCGCUUCGAGGCUCCCGACUCUCGGAACCGCUGGGACAGACCCCUGUUCACCUUGGUGGGCUUAGAGGAGCCAUUGCCUCUGGCAGAGAUCCGGGCUGCUCUGUUUGAGAACCGGGCUCCUCCACCUCAUCAGUCUACACAGUCUCAGCCCCUUGCCUCUGGCAGCUUUCUGCACCAAUUGGAUCAGGUCACGAGCCAGGUGUUGGCUGGACUGAUGGAAGCUCAGAAGACUGCAGUCCCCGGAGACUUCCUUAAGCUUCCUGGUACCACGGAGAACCUUCGGUAUACUCGGCCCUUAACCAUGGCAGAACUGAGUCGCCUCCGACGCCAGUUUAUUUCCUACACCAAAAUGCAUCCCAACAAUGAGAACCUGCCUCAGUUGGCCAACAUGUUUCUGCAGUAUCUGAGCCAGAGUCUGCACUAACCAUAGUGGGUUGGGGGAAAGCGAUGGCUACUUGUCUAACCUCUCCUACAAUGUAUUUCUUUUGGAAGAAUAAUCAGAGUCUUCAGAGGGUAUUGAUGUAUGAUACCAGAACUGUUGUGACUGAUUGACCCUUUGCGUAAUGCCUCUGUGUCAGGCCUUGAGUUUAGGGCAUUCUCUGAGACUAGAAAAGAGAACAAACUUAAGGACCUUGGCAAAUUUCUCCAGAGGCCAGAGCUCAUCAGAUGGACAGGGCUUGUUUGAAAUCCACACUCCAUUGAUUUCCUCCAUCUGAAUUGUGGGAGAGCAGACUGAAUGGAUUAAUUGUUUUAAAACAAUUGUGAACGGAAACUGAAGAUGGCACAGUUCUACAUCUAUUGGCCCUUCUUUCAUACCACAAAUAAUUUUUGAGUAUUGGACCUAAACUUUUCACUAAUUUCACUGCUGGGUUAUAGGGUCACAGAUAAACUGGUUUCUGCCCUUGGGAAGCUUUGGUUCUAGUGGAAGUGAAUGACAUGACCAUUAGAUUAUUUUGUCUAAUAAAAUUUUUUAGAAGAGUUGGCUGGAAGCUUGCACUUAAUGUAACAGUGUUCUUCAUGUAAUUAAUUUUUUAAAUUUAUUUUUAAAGUGUUUAUUAAUUAGAGAGACAAAACAUCGAUUGGUUUCCUCCCAUACACAACUCAACAGAGAUUGAAUGCACAAUUUAGUGGAUUGCCCCUGAUGGUAAUUAUCCAUAAGUCCUGGUGUGGAGCUUGCAAAGCUUUAAAGCCCAAAUUUG